AUGGGUGGAAUUUUCGUUGUCAAUAAUGUCGAUGAUUUUGCCACUAAUACUCUAUUAUUUUUGAGCAUUGUUGCUGUUUGUUGUAAAUCCACUGUCAUUGUGGUACGUCGGAAUGCGAUUAUUAACUUAGUGCAAGCAUUGCUGAAAGCACCAUACAAACCUCGAGACGAAAAUGAAAUAGCAAUACAAACAAAAUUUGAUAGAUUUAUCAGAUCAUGCUCGAUAAAAUAUUCACUUUUAGCAACAAGUUCCCUUACAGGCGGUACAAUAGGAUCAGUACUAAACGUGAUGCAAGGUCAUCUGCCUUAUCGAAUAUGGCUGCCUUGUAAUUAUAAUGUAUCUACGAUAUUUUGGACUAUAUCUAUUCAUCAAAUGGUAACUACAAUUUUUGCCACCAUGAUAAACGUUGGCACGGAAACUCUAAUCUUUGGAUUGAUUUUACAAACAUGUGCCCAGUUUGAAAUACUGGAAAGUCGUCUUCACAAAUUAAUAAUUAAUAAAACAGUUAAAUAUUUAGGACAUGCAAGCUGUUUGUUAAAUGAAAACAAAGCAGGUCUGUCGGAGUGCAUAUGUCAUCAUCUCAGCAUUUACAAAUACGCCAAAACGGUAAACGUCAUAUUCAACCAAGUGCUCUUCGUUCAGUUCUUUAGUAGUAUAUUGGUUUUAUGUACAAGUGUAUAUUACUUGUCAAUACAUAUUGAAGACCUUUCUGCAAUUGCAUCUUUUUUAGUGUAUACCAUUUGUAUGUUUGUACAAAUCUACUUUUACUGCUGGUCUGGAAACGAAGUCAUAUUUAAAAGUACGAGCAUAGCAAACGCUAUAUAUAAUAUGAAUUGGCCAUUAUUAUCAAUCAAUGAAAAAAGAGGAUUGUUGAUGAUCAUGAUACGCAGCACAAUUCCUGUAAAAUUCACAAGCAGCUUCUUGAUAACUUUAUCUCUUCAGUCUUACAGCAACAUCUUGAAAAUGUCAUAUUCAGCAUUUAGCGUUUUACAAAAGUAA